AUGUCUCACGACGAAUUUGAACAUUACGACUUUUCAGAAUUCACUGAGGAGGAGCUCGCCCGUUUUGAUAUGAGCGCCACGCAAACUUCCCUGCAGGAGGUCAACCCAACUUCGGAAUCGCAGCAAAAUAUCUCGGCGGGCCCCGGUCUCAGUAGUUUUGGUGGCGGACCUGCGCUUCAUAUUGCUAUUGAGUUCCCGACUGAUGCGAAUUCUAUUGAAGAAACUUCUAAACCUACUGUCAGCACGAGAGUGUCUCAUCUCUCGGCCAGCGCAAAGCCCCCGCAGCUAACUAGCCCGCUUUUUUCUGGAAUGCGCGAGCGAAAUCAGACGAGAAAUCUCUACGAGAAGUUUCUAUCUUGGAGGAAUGCAUUCUCCGUGACAGACCUUGUCUCACCUGUUUGGUGUGAAGUACAAUACGAGUAUGGGUUGUACGGAGAGCGCCACAAACCGCUCGAAAAGCGACCGUCCUCUUUCAAGUCACGAGAUGGUAAAAAAAUUCAGGUCAAACAAAAUGUCGCACAACAGAACGACAGGACACUCAAGAGAGGGGCCUCUAUUCACAAGCAUCUGGAACUGGAAGUACGGCCAGAAAAAGUUUUUGUCCGUACAUCAAAUAAUGAAGAGCGUUGGGCGUUACGCCUUUUCAAUCUGACUGCGGGCUUAGAACAAUUAAUGUUUGAGGGGCUAACGAGGGAACUCCCAGUUUUCGGAAUUACGCAUGGGCAAGUCGUUUUCGGAAUUAUCGAUGAAGUGACUCGCCGUGUUCCAUCAGAAGUAAACAAACUUCAUAAUCCUAUCAAACGUAGCCUGGUCUCUUCUGAAUCAUCUCCCGUCAAGAAGAAGCAGCGUCGGUCGCCGUCCCCAUCCCAAAACGACAUACCUGUUGUUUGUCCAAAUCGGUCUACUCCCGAGGAGACCUGUGCAGCGGAUCAGCCCACAACCGAGGAGGAAAUUCGUGACAAUUCUAUGGCAGGAAGUUCGAUCCCAUGGCCCGUUCAUCCAGAACCCAUGUUUUACGAUUUGACGCUCGUCGACUACAAGACUCGUCGCGUACCAUCACUACCCCCAGAUGAGGAUACGGUAUCAUCACAAAUGCAACUUAUGCUUUAUCACCGCCUGCUCUCUCCGCUCCUCUCACCGGGAACCUUUGAUUUUGAUGCACUAUGGGCAAAGCAAUCCGUCAAUCCGCAUCGAUCAUUUACCAGGGAAUUUGUAGAAGACAUCGGUUUGCUAACAAGAAAUGACACAGACCUUCCUUUUCAUGUAGAUCUGAGUUCCAUGGUCGCCGCAUGGGUUUCUGUCGUCCACUCGGCUCGGAGCAGCGGUGAACGACUGAGAGGCGUCCAUUCCGAGCUGCAAAUUAUCUACCGGAGAGCUGGGGUCAAGAAGGACUCGAUUCAUAAUCGAAAACAAAAGGCGAAAACCGGUGAAAAGGCAGUCGAUAACCCCCCGGGAAGGCUUGCCUCCCAAGAGGAAUUAGAUAUAGCUCGUGCCAUUGAAGAAAGUUUACGCCCGCCUAGUCAGGAUGCCGGAGAGGCCAGCACUUCUCAGGCUGCAGGCCACAGCAUAAAGAUUGCAUCUGCACAGAGCGAAAAACUUCCAGAUGAUGAGGUUAUUGACCUCACUAGCCCUGUUCGGGAACAUUCUGAGCCGACAUUGGUAGUGCAAGGUUCGUUGCCUGCCGGCACCUGUGACAAUCCCGACUUCAAUCCACAGUCGAUUGCCAUGAAAGGUCUCGAAGCGACUCCAGCGGCUGAUGAAUCAACUGGCUUAAAAGAAAAUGGGAAUCUUCCUGAUCAAAAUGGUGACUCUCUAGUUGAAGAAGAUACCUCUGGCCUUUCGACGAUAUUAGGUACUAGGAAGUUCUUCAUGGACGAGGACCGGCUCGAUGCACAUCUUAUAGAUGUUCUCCGUUGGUGGUUCGGCUUCCGUCCUCCUAGGGGCGUUGAACUCGCGCAGUCCAAUCGGUGUGGCACUUGCGAAUAUCUAGACAGUUGCGAAUGGAGAGAACGGAAGGCUUUCGAGGCUAGUAGCAUCGCUUUCGGAAAGCGUAAGGCGACAUAG